AUGGGAUCGGACGACACAGCGUCAGCUAGCCCUACAACAGGGGACAGGGACUGCUCCACCAAGAAGCGGUUCUCCCAGGUGGCGGAGCAGUCCUCCUCGUCGACGUCGGCGGAAACGUUGCUGCUCUCGGGCCUGGAGGCGGGGGUGCUCAAGCUGGAGAGAGAUAGCUCCGUCACGGCCGGCGGCAGCAGCAACGGCAACGGCGCGGGCUUGUUCGCGGCCUCGCCCUCCUGCGCGGGUGGCGGCGGCCUGUGCUACCUCGAGAUCGACGCGAGGAUGCCGUACGCGAUGCUGUGGGUGAGCUUCUGGAUGCGCAUCGAGGAGCUGCGGACGCGGUCGACGUCGUUCCACAGGAGGACCGUGGCGCUGCCGCUCUGGGGGUUGUGGGUCGCAGGGCUGUUCUGCUACCGACGCAUGAUCUACAAGCGGAUCCCUCCCGACAUGGUGGCUCUCUUCCGGAACGCCGAGGUCCUUGCCCUUGUGGUCCUGUUCAUGACUGUGACGGUAAACUUCGCCACCUACGUGCACACCCCGGCGGAGCCUCUGUUCGACAUCGGCUUCCUGGUCAUCCCGGAGCAGACUCUCGACUCCCCCUGGAGGCCGGUGAGCGACACGCUCACGGCGCUCCUCCCGGGCAUCGCGCUCCUCCGCAGCCUCUUCAUGGACCGCAAGCAGCGCGUCACCCUGGUCACGUCCUGGUUCCGGCUCGUGUCGAUCGUCUACAUGCUGCGCUGCCUGACGAUCGGGUUGACGUCGCUGCCGGGGCCGGCGCCCCACUGCAGGGACAAGGCCCUGUACAACCCGCCCGUCAGCUGGCACGAGAUCGCGACGCGCAUGGGCGUCAUGGUCGGGGAUUUCAGCUCUUGCGGGGACUUGCUCUUUUCCGGGCACGCGGCGUUCACGACGCUGACGAUGCUUAUCUUCGUCAAGUCUUGGAGGGGGCACGCAACGUACCGCGUGUGGAAGGCGCUCGGGGUCGUGUACCUGCUGACCAUGUGCACGCUGGCCAUCGCGGGGCGGAAACACUAUACGGUGGACAUCACGCUGGGCAUCCUUGUCGCAAGCUUGACGUUCUUCCGAUUCGAGAACGGGUGGAGAGCGUCUUUGAAUGGGGGUGCGGGCAGCGGGAACACGGCCGCGGCGGUCAAAGCGGCCUACGACCCGCGGACAGAAAAGAAGAAUGCCCCGUGGGUUGUUUGAUUUUGAGCUCGCCCCCCCACCCGCGCGCCCUCGAGCGCUCAUCUGCGCUCCUUAUUUUAUGCCUCAUGGGGGGGCACCAAUAUUUUUCUUGCCUCGUUUGUGUAUUUAUGACAAUGUGAAAGUUUGACCAUGUGUGUAUGUGUGCGUUUGAGUUUUCGUGCUCGCGUCCGUGCUCGCGCGCGCAAGUUAUUUUUUUUUGUCGUUUGUGUCACCAACCUGUACGAGGGGUCGCGUUUUUGCGUCUCGCGCAUUGUCGUGUGUCUGGUGGGUCAGUGCUCGGGGCGGGGACUUGGCUUGUGCUGCCUGCGCCCGCACCCCCCUGCCCAACUCCCUUCUCUUGUUUCGAGAGGAUGCAAGAACCGGGCGGGGGUCAACAAGGCCCCAGUUGGCGUUUGCCUUUUCCGGUAUGGGGGUUGGGGGGGGGGGGUGCUGCAGCUUUGGGCGGCGGUGCGUUGGAGAAGGGCCAAGCGAGUCGGGAAUGUUGGAGCAAAAGGGAGGACACACAGAGAGAGGCAACCGGCCAGCGUUUGGUGUUAAACCAGCCGUCUGGAACUCGCGCUAUUUUGAGUCUAGUCUCGUGUCGAGGUGUGUCAGCGUUGAUGGAACUCCUUUUGGGGAUCGGAGCGGCCGGUGUGAGAAGAACCGUGGCGUGCUUGGUGUGCUGUUCUUCAAAUGUUGCUGCUGCUAGAACCCGUAGCGUGCUUGGUGUGCUGUUCUUCACAAAGCUGCUGGUCCAGCGGGGGGUGUGCUUACGGUGUAUGAUACGAAGCGUGUUCGCUCUCACUAAUCUCUAUCGUGAACGUACCGCGUGCCUUCAGAGGGGGGAAGGCGAGGAGGACCGUUUGGAGGAGGUUAGGCUGGAUGCGUGCAUGUUUCUUGCUUUUUUACCACUGGUCUUCUAGACAGUGAGCUACACGUGACACAAUAGGCUUCCUAUAAUCUGCUCGAGAAUAAAUGCAUGAAGGGUUUCGUGUCAAGAGAGGCAGGCGGGUGUUUGCCUUGGUGUUUGAACAUUAAUAGUUAUAGAGCCAAGCUUUUGUGGCGGCAUUUCGGCGGGUGUCAGAGCGGGCGCACCCUCCAAUAGAAGGUUUUGGUAUCUCACGCGUGUACGUACGCGUAUGAUGGUGGUGGUUGUGAUGGGCGGGGGCUCUGCUCCUUUCCACGAGUCGUAUCAUCUCCGCAAAAGAUUGCGCCGCCGUGUUUGUACAACACUCCCGCUUCGGUUUUUUCUUUCUCUUCUGUUUUUCUGCCGUCCCAAAGACAACGAAUAUGGGGAGAAGAGGGGAGGUUCGUCUACAUAUCUCCCUUUGAUUUCUUGUCAUCCUAGAGAAAGGGGGGGGCGUCUUGUGGGCUGGUGAUGGAACGUUUUGCCGUGUGGCGGACGGAGCGCGCUUGUGUGCUGAGAGUGUUCGAUUGAGGCACGAUCUCCGGUGCACCUGGCUGAGGGUGAAGGUUGGCGCGUGUUAUUUUUGGAUGGUUACCGUCUGCUUCUGCUGGCGUCAAAUGAAAGCUCGGCCGAAAAUUUGGUGUUGACGUUGCUGUCUACAAGUAGAGCGCCAGCCAUCCACCCUUCGGAGCUGGAGGGCUCGACGCCUGACGACGGUGUCAUGCGGUAGUUAGCAGGAGGCACAUGUCCUCACUUGCCCAUCAUUCUCUCACACCCGGUGGCUUGGGUUCCCUCCUGGAGACGUAGAAGUUGGGCGGAUCGAAACUCUCCGUUUCGCUGUCACGUUGCGUGUUUCUUUUUUCGUUUUGAUUUUUUUACGCGCACUGCCUGCUGUGGCCUGCCAUGCCUGCUCGCCGUUCUCCUCGCUGUAGUGUCGUCCGGGUGCGGUGCGAUUGACGAAGUGAAAGUAUGUGAACGGCGUGCUGCUGGUCUUUAGAAAGUACCAAAGGUUUUGGCGCAAAGGCGGUGUUGUGUCUUUUUUUUUUUCAUUUUUGUUCGCCGGCCGCCGCAGAGCCGAGAGGAUCAGAGGCGACCAAUCCCCGUAUCAGGGAGUAGAGAAGGGGUAUGUUGUUGUUUCCGAGAACAAAACGUCUAACCGUGUGUGUGUAGGGUCGCCAAGCAACGGCGAGAAACCCACAGCUGCUGAGCAGGUGCUCGAUAUAGCCCUUGAGUUUU